UUUAAUUUUGAGUAUAAAAAGGCGUGACAGAUAGCAGGAGGUAUGUCAGUUAGCUCUUUACUUUUCAUUUGAACAGUGUGAAAUACCCUAUCUAAGCCUACAAUGAGUUUGCUUAAAGUUGCUGUUUUCGCCGCUCUAGCAUUGUGCGCUAGUGCAGAGCCUAAACCAAACCCGGGAGUCCUAGCGGCACCAGUGGCAUACUCGGCACCACUAUUGCAAGCUCCAGUUCUAGGUAGAGCGUAUGCUGCUCCACUUGCAGCCUACACUGCAUACUCCGCUCCAGUUGCUGCUGCAUACUCCGCUCCGGUCAUUGCUGCUCGUGCUGCCCCACUUGUAGCGGCUCCUGCUCCAGUAGUCGCUGCUCGUGCAGCUCCACUCCUAGCAGCCCCUGCUCCAAUUGUUGCUGCCCGUGCUGCUCCACUCGUGGCGGCUCCUGCCCCAGUUGUUGCUGCUCGUGCCGCUCCAGUUGUUGCCGCUGCUGCCCCAGUGGUCGCCGCUCGUGCCGCCCCGGUGAUCGCUGCUCCUAUUCAGGCAGAAUUCGCUGAUUCUUACCCACAAUACCAGUACGCAUACAACGUUCAGGAUACCCUCACCGGAGACUCGAAGACCCAGGAGGAAACUCGCGAUGGUGAUAUUGUCAAGGGAUCGUACUCUUUGAUCGAACCCGACGGCAGCCGUCGUAUUGUCAACUACUACGCCGAUCCCAUCAACGGAUUCAACGCUGUUGUGCAGAAGGAUGUACCAGUUGCCGUUGCCGCCCCAGCUGUCGCCGUUGCCGCCAAGACUGUCCCUACAAUGAGUUUGCUUAAAGUUGCUGUUUUCGCCGCUUUAGCACUGGUUGCUAAUGCCGAGCCUAAACCAAACCCAGGAGUCCUAGCGGCACCAGUGGCCUACUCAGCACCACUUUUGCAAGCUCCAGUUCUAGGUAGAGCUUAUGCUGCUCCACUGGCAGCCUACACUGCGUACUCCGCUCCAGUCAUUGCUGCCCGUGCUGCCCCACUUCUAGCGGCUCCUGCUCCAGUAUUCGCUGCUCGCGCAGCUCCACUCGUAGCGGCUCCUGCCCCAAUUGUUGCCACUCGUGCUGCCCCACUCGUCGCUGCCCCUGCCCCAGUAGUUGCUGCUCGUGCCGCUCCAGUUGUUGCUGCCGCUGCUGCCCCAGUGAUCGCCGCCCGUGCCGCUCCACUUGAAUUCGCCGAUUCUUACCCACAGUACCAGUACGCAUACAACGUUCAGGAUACCAUCACCGGUGAUUCCAAGACCCAGGAGGAAACUCGCGAUGGUGAUAUUGUCAAGGGAUCAUACUCUCUGAUCGAACCCGAUGGCAGCCGUCGCAUCGUCAAUUAUUACGCCGAUUCAGUGAACGGAUUCAACGCUGUCGUGCAGAAGGAUAUCCCAGUUUCUGUAGCGGCUGAAACCGUCGUUGUUUAAACCAUCGCGGUUCGUCUUGGGAAAAUUAGGAUCAAUUUGAUAAUGCUGUGAACAAAGGACCAACGGGUGUUUGCAACUUUAAGCAAUCAUUCAUUUGUACUUGACAAACACUGUUAGACCAGAAGUAACGAAAAGUACAAACACACACUUUCUUCUGUUUUGUUGCGAUUAAUAAAAAAAUACUUAUUCCAAA